AUGCAGAAAAAAUUUUUAAUUUUUCUACUUCAAUAUGGAUUAUUAUGUAAUCAAUAUAACUCCAUUAUUGGUAAAAGUCUUAUGGGCGUGAAUGUAAGACAGACAGUUGCUAGAGAAGAUUAUUUUCACGUCGCUAUUUUACAAAGGGGUUCCGAAAUUCCACGAAAUAUCAUAUGCACCGGAGCUCUCAUUUCAUUUUAUCAUAUUUUAACAGCUGAGCAUUGUUUCGAUGAAAUUGCUAACGUCGGAUUCAAAGUGCUUGUUGGGUCUCAUAAUUUAUAUAAUAGCAUAACAUAUUAUCCAUUUUGGUAUAUCACCUACGAUCAAUGGUUUAAUAUAUUAUCCAGACCAGCUCCACUUAGAGAAAAUGAUGUUGCCCUCGUUAAACUGAUGUACAAUGCACCUGUUCAAGUGACUCCUUCUCGACUUUCAUCCAUAUACUCAGACAACUAUCUAUACGGUUUAUCAACUCAGCUAGCUGGAUGGGGUGAAACGAACAACGGUCGACCAUCGAAUUUGCUUCUAAAAGGCAAUGUCACUGUUUUGUCGCACGAACAGUGCACUCACUAUAUUUCUUCAAUGUGUGGAUAUUAUUCGAGUUUACCAAUUGUAUAUCUGUGCACCAAGAGUGAACCAUCGGUAAUUGUAGGAAGAGGCGACAGUGGCGGUCCACUUCUAUAUCAAGAGCAAAUUAUUGGAAUUACUAAAGGAAAAGCACCAUCAUCGUAUGAAGCAAUAUUACCUGAAUUUGAAAAAAUAAACGUCCAUAUUAGUAUUAAUUUCUAUAGAUCCUUUAUAAACGAGAUUUUAAAUAUGUAA